UGCAGUUUUCCCAUGAUACUGUGUUUCAAACGAGCCAAGUCACUUUUUGGAAUACCCCUUUACCGCUAUUGUACUAAAAUAUCUCAUUUUUGUCUUUGGCUAAAAUGAAAUUAUUCAGUUUUCUAGCAUUUGUUAAUGUUGUAAGUGGCCAGUUCGAAUGCCCAGUAGACAUUGAUGGAGUCCCUAUUGAUGGAAACUACCCACACGAGACAGACUGCGCCCGAUAUUAUAAUUGUUGGUUAGGCGAUCCUGUAGAAUGGUCUUGUGAGGGUGGUCUCUGGUUCGAUUCAUGGUCGAUGAGCUGUGUUAACCCAAUCGAGUCUGAUUGCAAAGAGGAAGAGUUCAACUUUGCAUACUGUGACAUCGUUUCCAAUGAUCCUAAUGAAGGCCAGCAGAUAUUUGGUGGUCUCCAAUUCAGACAGAAUAAAACUGGGGGAGUCAGCGACAUUUAUGUUCAACUCCGGGGAUUUGAUCCAAAUGAUGGUGAGUUGUUACAUGGAAUGCACGUCCAUACAGAAGGGAGUAUAGAGGGCGGUUGUGCUGCUACUGGUGGCCAUUUUAAUCCUAUGUCAAGCAAUCAUGGGUCACCUGCGUCUGAUGAAAGACAUGUGGGAGAUCUUGGGAACAUUGAGGAAGAUACAACAGGAAGUGUCUCCAUGGUAAUAGUUGAUGACAUGAUCAGUUUACUUCCUGUCAACCCUAACUACAUCAUUGGUCGCGCUAUAGUUGUCCACGCAACAUAUGACGAUUAUGGCUUGGGAAAUGGCACAAGUCUGAUAAAUGGAAAUGCUGGCGCGAGACUUGCUUGUUGUGUUAUCAUGGCUGAUGACUUUUAA